UGUUGUUUACUUUGUACGGAAGUUGAAGUUUUUUUUUACCUUAAUAAUUUUCUCACUCCUAAAACAGUACAAUAACUCCUAGUAUAAAAGGCCAUCACUUUUUUCCUUGAAGUUCAUGAACUAAAAAAAAAUAGAAAAGAAGAUAACACUCUUAGUUUUUCUUAUUAGCUUUUUUUUUCUUAUUAUUUUGCCUUCCUUUUAUGGCAACUGCUACAACCAUGAAUCUCACUAACGUCGAUAUUAAUAGCAGCAACCACAACAACAGCAACAACGUUGGCAACAACAAUGACAAGCAGCAACAAGAUGAUCAACAACAAGGUGAUGACGAACACGAGCAUGACAUGGUCAUGCCCGGCUUCCGAUUUCACCCUACUGAGGAAGAACUUGUUGAGUUCUACCUUCGCCGUAAGGUUGAGGGCAAGAAAUUUAAUGUUGAACUCAUUACUUUCCUCGAUCUUUAUCGCUAUGACCCUUGGGAACUUCCUGCGUUGGCGGCGAUUGGGGAGAAGGAGUGGUUCUUCUAUGUUCCAAGGGACCGAAAAUACCGAAAUGGCGAUAGGCCUAAUCGAGUAACCACAUCCGGUUACUGGAAGGCAACCGGAGCUGAUCGAAUGAUACGAGGGGAGAAUUCCCGGCCCAUCGGCCUUAAAAAAACACUAGUGUUCUACUCCGGUAAAGCGCCUAAGGGUAUCCGAACUAGUUGGAUUAUGAACGAAUACCGCCUUCCCCAGCACGAAACUGAACGGUAUCAAAAGGCGGAGAUUUCGUUGUGCCGGGUGUACAAGAGGCCUGGGGUGGAGGAUCAUCCAUCAGUGCCGCGAGGGAGUAGCCUGCCCUCGAGGCUGUCAUCUUCAUCGAAAGCAACUUCGUCGUCUUCCGAGAGGAAGAACUACCAUAACGCCUUUAGAGCUCAGACAACUUGUUUACAACAACAAAUUGAGCACCCGCCGCCUCAAAUGGGUGACAAGGUAAGCGAGACUGAUGCUAGUAGUAGCACCGAAGUGGGGACCGCCCUUGGACUUUCUCACCACAGCUCGUACUCUGCGGUGAGUCCAUUGGUGGCCCCACAGCAAGCGAUAACUCCUCCACCACCACAACCACCAACACCAUCCUCCAUCGAGGUUAAUAGGAUGAUGCAGUUAUUAAAUGAUCAUAAUCCAAAUUUGAAGCAUCAUCAUCAUCACCAAGUAGUAGUGGGUGGAGGCGAAGGCGGUCAUGGUGUAAUUACAUCAUUGCCCUCCUCGCUUAACACCUCUAUAACUCAUCAUAAUCAUCCUACUCCUGGACUAGUUCAUCCGAAACAUCAUCAUCAGCCGAGUCUGGAAGAUAUUCAUAGAUUAGUCGAAUAUCAACAAGCUUGCAUCAACCACCAUUUCCAGCAACAACAACAGCCCCCGCCACAACAACCACAACAACAACAGCAUCAAUUCCAAUUCGAAGCUCUUAACAACGAUAACAACCCGAGCAGCAGUAAUAGUACUACUAAUAAUUUACCGUUUUUGUUCUCCAACUAUCUCUUUUCGCCAGCAGCACAACAAGCACAAGCAGCACUUGUUAACAACAAUCCUCCAACGGCUGCAGUAGGUGGUGGCUCGAGUAGUAGCAGUUUGCAGUUGCCUCCAGUCACAGUUGCUGGUGCUGGUGGUGGGCUCGCGUUUUCGGAGCGUUCAUUGUGGGAUUGGAAUCCAUACUCAGAGCCGAAUAGAGAUCACUUCAGUAACCUCUUCAAGUAACUUUUUACUUAACCGUAGUAGGUGCUUGCAUACUACAUAAAUGAUGAAGAGAGGCAUAAUUUAAUCAAGUACGCUUUUAUAAGUUUACAUUAAUUAAUUGCUUAAGUUAUGUGUUCUAUGAUCAUGUUUUAAUUAAGGUUUUUUCUAGUCGGAAUUUUAUAUAGGAGUAUAUGUCAAAGCAUUAUAAUAUGCUUUUUUUUCUUCUUAAUUAAUUAGUCACCCACUCUUAAAAGUUAAUUUGAUCAUAUAUUAUUGCAUUUUAUUUAAUUAAUCAUGCUUGAUAAAUGAUAACUAUUCAAAUUUUCUUAACAUAAUUUAGGGUUUACAAGCUAUAUUAUAGAUUAUGCAAUGAUUGCUAAACUCAUACUUUUUCUUAACAUUGUAUGAUACAAAAAAUGUUAAGGUAAAACUUAAUUGCACAUGUUAUUGAUAUAAGUCUUUGGAGUGAUAUGCUACUUUCGUCCUUUUUAUCUUUUUUCAUAUUUUGUUUCUGUUUUGGUACCAUCAAAUUAAAUCAAGUAAGAUUAAAUUACAACGACAAUUAUGACAAAUUAGUGAUUAAUUUGGUAUAAUCAUCCAUUUCAAAAUUUCAAAAUUUUCCUCAAGUUGGUGGGAUACCCUCGACGGGUUUCCUUUAGGUUCUGUGUUUAGUUGGUGGAAGAAUGAAAGUUAGAGGGUCAGCUAACUAAUUAACUAAACCCCAUAAAAUAAUAUUUUGUGUUACAGUUCUUAGCAUUUAUUGGUUAGUUUUAGAUUACUAACUUGGAAUCACACCCACUCUCUAGGAACUUUUUUCCCUCAUUUGGAAAUUGUUUCUUCUUGUUCCAGAAUUAUCACUGCUAUUUUCAGUAUCACUUCAUUUCUUACCUAACUUAUUGGCUUUGAUGAUUGAGUUUAUAUUACCUGAGCUUGUUUGCACAGUUAAUCAAAAAUCAUAUGGACUUACUCGAUUUUUCUAAAUUUUAAGAGUAAUUUUGUUAUGUAAGUCCCAUAAACUUGUGUCAAUUAGGCACAAAUAUACGUGUUUAAUUAGGUGAUUGUUAUCCAUAUAUGAAGUAUAAUCGAGAGAUGGCAUGUAAAUUUUUAUACGGGUGAUAUUAUUAUGAUGUUAUGGUAUUUUUUUAUAUAUAAGCAAAGGAUGACUUGAUAAGAGAGACAACUUGUUGGUACACAUAUAACUAUUUCAUGUACGGAUUAGACUAAUUUUGAGAAUGUUAAUAUAAUAGUGAUUGUUGGUCCUUUCAAGAAUAAUCACAUUUCAGUAAAAUUUUCGAUUCAGGUAUUGUUUUAUGUAUAUAUAACCACUGAUCAAUGAAA